CAUUAGGGGGGGAUUCUCCUGUUGUGUGUCAAAGGAAGUUUGGAGAUUGGACGCUCAGAUAGUAACGGAUCAUUGAAGGCGGCGACCUGCCCACUGCAACAAAAUAGCCUUAACAUGUGGUGUCCUCCUGUCAGAAACACACUCUCCCUCUGACACAUGGAUGACAGUGGGAGACGGAAAGGGUGAGAGAGAAUACGGGAGUGACUGAGAUCCAGACACACGCACAGAAAGAGAAGGAGGCAGCCGGCCAUCUGUGGACGGACCCCUGCUAUUCUGCAGCUGCGUUGGAGUCAGCGAAUGGUUCUCUGCCCUUUCAGGACUUAAAAAACCACAGAUUGAGAUAAGGGUGUUCUUCCUAUGUUUCGUUGCCCAAGGGAUGAGCACAGGCUGGAGCAAUGUUAAGGCCUCGCUGGCCUUGGAUUAGGCCCCUGGGGCUGCUUCUGUGGAGGGAUGGGUGAUACCCCAGCUGGAUCUUCCGCUGUCGCCAUCCACCACGGCUGUCAUUAGUGGCUAAUGAGCUGCUGCUAGAAAGGAAGCAGAGAAGGUGCCUGUGGAGAGAGGAGGAACCUUACAACUGUUAUUAAGAGGCCCAGAGUUUUCAGACAAAGAAUUCUGCAUGCGAGUUGAAUCUUUUAAAGCUUUCAUUUCUUUUUAGGUGUUGAUUGCCAGUUUUUUUAUCACAGCAUUGUAUAUCUUUGAAAAUUGGCACCAUGCAGUUUCUUUAUGUAGCCAAGAAAUACUUUUUUUCAGCAAGAUGAUUCAGUAUUUGGAUAUAAGCUGUUUUUUUUCUCUCAACUGAAGGAGUUUCAACGAAACAUUCACACCCAUGAGAUAUUUUUGUUGAAGCUACAUUGUUUCUCUUUGAUACUUUGAUAUUAUUUUGAACUUCAUAUGCCCUGACGGACUUGUUUUGAACAUUGGUCACCAUGGCAGCAGCCUAUCGUGUAGUGGUGAGCAGUGUGAGCUGCUACAACAGUGUAGUAGUGGACCGGCGCACUCACUCCCACGCCGUGCACUACUGCUCGGGGCCAUGUGGGGCGCUGUCCCAGGGACUAGACUGUACUGUCGCACACCACGGUACCUGCUCCGAGCUGCUUGUUUCGCCUGACCCUGCAUAUACUGACCCCAAUAGCUCACCCAUACACUCCCGGAAUAUUAUCACUCAGCAACUUCCCAACCAUGGUAAAAUGAGUGUAACCAUGGAGACUAGUUAUAAUGGUGGUGUUGGUCUUGAGAGGGCAGGCAGCAGCGGUAAUUUGUCUUUAGGGGAGGACAGCCCCACGUGGCGUGGUAAAAAGACCCCCAGUUGGGGAGGAUCAACUGGGAACCUGACCUCCUCUAGCAGUCUGAAGGACAUCACUGAAGAGGCUAUCAACCUGGCCAGUGGUAAGCUGAAAGAGUUUUCUUUUGACAAGCUCCGCCUCUCCUCCUCCAGCCAUGUCACCUUCAGGAAAGGUCGUAAGGUCCGUCCCGACUCUUUCAGCCGUCGCUCCACCGAUCUGGAGAUCAUAUACGGCCACUUCAGCUCCAACAUCACCACUAACGGAACAGCUAAUGGCAUGACAAAUGGCACAGCUACUUCUAAUGAUGAGAACCUGCCACCUUUUGUGCUAGGGAAAGGGACAGGGAUGGAGGAAACAAAGCUAAAGGGCAAUUCAGGCACCUUGUCAUCCAUCACAAAAGUGGGUAGUGGCUCAACAAGCAGCUUAUCGAGCAUCAGCAGUGCAUCACUUGACCAAAGUCUGAGCACAAUGGCCUCCCUGUACCGUAACACCCUGGGAGAUGAGAACCUGAUUGCCCGUCUGUUGGAGAAGACGUGUGCAGAGGCGGGCUCUGGGGGAGCGGGCGGGGAGGACAUCCGCGCCUGCCUUGACAUCCUACUUAAAUGCUCUGAAGAUCUAAAAAAAUGCACUGACAUCAUCAAGCAGUGCAUCAGACGCAAAGCUGGUGGAGGGCCUGAGGAUGGAGGGGCCAGUCCUGACAGUGUGUACCGGGCCAUGAUGACCCGACUCAGCUCGUAUCUGAAGAGACUUCCUCUGGAGCUGGAGGGGAUUGGAAUUUUGGGUGGCAGUGGGCAGGGGGGUCAGGGUGCGCCUGGAAGUGGGCAUAGUGAUCUGGCUGAGCUGCUAAACAAUCUUCACUCCCUCCAGCAGGGACCGUUCUCUCCAAUAUUUGGCAAUGAGCAACCUCCUCGCUAUGAGGAUGUAGUGCAUUCACCUCCCAUCCCAAAGACUGUUACUCACUCUGCAUCUUCUACUCCUGCUUCUGUUUCAUCUUCCUCCUCAUCUUUAAAAUCAGACUCCAUCCAUACAAAACCAGUCCUGAGCUCUUCGUCCCGAGCCACUCCCCUCACCAAUGGACUACAGCAUCCACAUCCUUCUAUCACACAACACACACUCUCUCCCCCGUCUGUCAUCUGCUCUCAAUCCAGCUCCUCUCCAACACACUCUCCGUCCCCUCACCAUACAUCUCCGACCCCUCCAUACACACACACUCCUCCAGCAUCCCCCAUGGAGGCUCUCUAUAUUGAGGAGGAAGAGGCAGAUGUGGGAAAGACACCAGAACAAAUAGCACAUCAGACAAACACUCCAACCAGAGGGUUGACCAUCUCUCAGAACAAAAACGGGACUAUGUUAAGUCAACACAUGCACACACUCCAUAACUCUUCAAAUAGUUUGCCAACGAGCACUGGCCACAGCCCCUCUUGGCCUCCCUCUGCUCCACUAGCAGUCUCAGCACCCAAAGCUGUCACACAUAGGAAUGAUGACAUUGACAAGCUUCUGUUGGAUUUGGAGAAUCUGUCUCAGAGUAUGAGCCACCCCAGAGACACUGAGCCCCCACUUCCAGCCAAGACCAGGAAAAGAGAGGGAGGCCAGGGGAUCACCUCCAAUGAAGCUCUUACUCAGCCCAAAAUGGCUCAGUUCCAAAUCCAAAAGCCAGCCAGCCACCUAGCCAUGAAUGGUUCUACCUCCAGGGUUCACCAGGGUCUCACUCCACCCCAGGGAGAGAACAGUGAUGCUGUGGUGGGAGAGGAGGAGGAUGGGGCACUGCUGCUGAGAAUCCUGGAGAGCAUUGAGAGUUUUGCCCAGGAGCUGGUGGAUUCUGGAGCGGGAAGCACAGGUAGUGCAGAGAGGAACAGUGGGAAGGAGCGAGAGGUGAUGAGGCUCUUGCAGGACACACUGGCCACCACCGGCAGGGCUGACACCCCAGUGGAGAGCACAAACACACCAGCUGCUCCCAAUGCUCCAUCAAUCCACAUAACCACAGUCCCAGAUAUACCACCAAAACACUCUCUUGCACAUACACCUGUAGCUUCACCUGCACCAACACCUGUACCUGCAGUAACUGAAGAUGUGUGCAUGGCUACAUCUGAACCUGCACCUAAACCUACACCUGACGCUGCCCCCAAAUCUCUGCCUGCACCCAUACCUGAGCCUACAACUGAGGCUACAGAUAAAGCCACAGAAGCCUCUACAGGUGAGGCUCAUCCAGAAUCCAUCCCCGCACCUGUAACACCUGCACCUGCAAUCUUGCAUUCCUCCACACACUCAGCUGAACCUACACCUGUGGCUGCACCUGAGACUCCAACUCCUGUUGCCAUCCCAACCAUAAACGCCAUAAGAGAUGCUGCCAUUACUGUUGGUGACCCUGCUGCUGUGAGAGACACAGGUUCAACGCUUCUCAUCCAGCAGACUCCAGAGGUGAUCAGGGUCCAGUCCAAAUCAGAGAAGAAACCAGGCACACCCCCACCAGCCCCUGCCCCGGCCACAGCCUCGCCUGCCCCCACACCGCGCUCACCCAGCCCUCCUCCGACUCCGGUGAUAGUCACCCCUCCUCCCCCUGCCAUCAACAUUCCCAGGUUCUACUACCCCCGUGGGCUCCCUGCCCUGGGCCUGGUCCCCAAUCACGAUGCAGCAAUUGCUGCCAUUGAGACGGCCUUCACUGAGUUUGAGGAGGAGAAGGCUGACAUAUAUGAAAUGGGCAAGAUCGCAAAGGCAUGCGCGUGUCCACUUUACUGGAAGGCCCCAAUGUUCUACGCAGCAGGUGGUGAGAGGACUGGCUUUGUAUCUGUUCACUCCUUCAUCGCAACCUGGAGGAAGUUGUUGCACAGUUGCCACGAUGAUGCAGCAAGAUUUAUUUACUUGCUAGCCAAACCUGGUUGUAACUACUUGGAGCAAGAGGACUUCAUUCCUCUGCUGCAGGACAUAGUGGAUACACACCCUGGACUCACAUUUCUGAAGGAUGCACCUGAAUUCCAUUCCCGCUACAUCACAACGGUGAUCCAACGGAUAUUCUACGUGGUGAACCGUUCGUGGACGGGCCGUAUCACCAUGAUGGAGCUGCGCAGGAGCAACUUCCUGCAGACCCUGGCCCUGCUAGAGGAGGAGGACGAUAUCAACCAGAUCACAGAUUACUUCUCCUACGAACACUUCUACGUCAUCUACUGCAAGUUCUGGGAGCUGGACACCGACCAUGACCUCUACAUCGACCCAAAAGACCUGGCAAGAUACAACGACCACGCCUCGUCAAACAGAAUUAUCGAGAGAUUGUUUUCAGGGGCUGUUACUCGGGGUAACGCUGUGCAGAGGGAAGGCAGGAUGAGCUACGCUGAAUUUGUGUGGUUCCUCAUAUCUGAGGAAGACAAGAAAAAUCCCACCAGUGUAGAGUAUUGGUUCCGCUGCAUGGACGUUGAUGGCGAUGGCGUCCUGUCUAUGUUUGAGUUGGAGUAUUUCUAUGAAGAACAGUGUGAGAGAAUGGAACGGAUGGGCAUUGAACCUCUGCCCUUUCAAGAUUUGCUUUGCCAGAUGCUUGACCUGGUCAAACCUGAGAGCUCAGGUAAGAUAACCCUGGGUGAUUUGAAGCGCUGCCGAAUGGCCCACAUAUUCUUUGACACCUUCUUCAACCUGGAGAAAUACCUGGACCAUGAACAGAGAGAUCCAUUUGCUGUGCAAAAGGACAUUGACAGUGAAGGUCCAGAGCCAUCUGACUGGGAUAAAUAUGCCUCAGAGGAGUAUGAGAUACUGGUGGCGGAGGAGACUGCAAAUGAACAGCUCCAUGAGGGGUCAUUUGAUGACGACUAUGAAUCUGAGGAGCUUCAAGUCCCUGGAGAGAUUGGGAAUAAAAUGGAAAAACUGGUCAUAUCAGACCUGUCAGCAUAAAAUUGCUUUCCUGGAUUUCCUGGGCCUCCCUUUCUGGAAAACAGACAAAGUGAUAAAGGGGCCUUUGGGAUGGAUGCAUCAAAAAAAAAAUGGAUAUAAAGACAGACAGAGAAAAGGACUCUGGCAUCUGUCUUACGAUGACUCUUGAGUCUCCUCUGAAGGGACUCAUGAGUUUUUGUGUGUGUGUGUGACCGUGAACCAGUCCUGCUCUGUGUCUGGUGCAAUAACGCAUCUGUAUUCAUACAGAAAACAAUGUCACUGCCUCCAGUUCUUCACUUCAUCUGAGAGAACAAAGACGACGAUGGAGGGAGAAUUCUUCGAUAAGCUCUAAAAGGAAUCCGAAUCAAGAAAAGAAAAAGAAAAAAAAUGUCACUAUAAAAUGAAUGUAAAUGCCAUUGUGAACUCUCUACUGACAAUCCUGCCAGAAGACAAUCAUCUGCAUAUUCAAGUGUUGCUGUGCUAAAGGUAGACAGACAGGUAGACUGUCGAUUAUACAAAUAGACUCCUAGUUGGACAGACAGAAACAGGUAAUUAUAGUUAUAGGCACUGCCAUUGAAAACUCACAGUCAGCUGCUCAGUUAUGAGACACACAAAUAGACACUGCCAUCAGAAAUUCACUUCUUGUGCAGCUUAUCACUGUGUUCCUUGUAAAGGAAGUUGUUCAACCUCUAGUCCCCUGCAGGGUGGAAUCAUGCAACAGCUUGGAUGACAGUAACAGCACCUCUCUGUGGCCAAUCUGUGCUAUUGCAUGCCAUCACUGUAAUGCAGAAGAGCCACUGUGCAUAAUGGCUGGCUAACCUUUCCAUAAAGCAGUUCACUUCACUGCACAGCCUGAGCUGCUCUAUUCUUAAUGCGACAUUAUCAGCGCUCCACCUCUGGAGUCCCUUUGCAAUCACUUCUAAACCCUGGAAAAAGUCUAAAUGGACUGUAAUGUUCCAGCCAGUCACCUCAGUGAGUUAAUUCUCCAUCAGGUCACAGUGAGAGAUGUGCACAUAAAAUGAUGCAUGUUAAACAUAUCAAACUCUCUGGUAGAGUUGCCCACACAUUUCCAUCUGAUCUGAUGUAACAUUUGUAAUAACGCAAUAGUUGCGCAUAAGAAAUCAUCAGUCUCAUACAUUUUCCCAGCACAACUCGCUCUAUGUUUUUCACAUCUUUUUUGUUGGUAAUAUUACUUUGCUCUGUUGUUGUCGUUCAUGACAAAAAUAGUCGUUUUUCUGCUUAGAAAUCUCAUUGUCACAUAGCAUUUGUUUAUGAAACUUUCUAAUGUCCAUUUUCCCCCUAACACACAUACAGUAUAAAACCCACGACUAAGGAUGCCUCAUAAACGGUCAGUUCACCCAAGUUAUGUAAAAAACACAUUUUCUCACACCUAAAGUGGUAUUUAGCCUUGAAGAUAGUUGUGGUUUUUCUUUGCCCAGGUUUAAUGAUAUCUGCCUGAGAUUUUUUUCCUCCACCCCAAUACAAUAGAGGUGAACAGACUUUAAAUAAGUUGUGCUUGCUACAUUGAAUAAUUACAUUUUAAAAUGUAACCACAACCUCUCUUAAACCUGUUAGUCAGAAUAAUCCACCCACAAUCCAUCUCAAAACUCUUGACAGUGAAGUCGGUUGCUGUUGAAUUUUAGAAAUGCAAUAUGUCCAUACUUCGAAUACCACAAAUGAAAUUGCAUUUGCCUUCAUUGUGUGCAUGGAGCAUUGGUGUGGAGGCAGGAAUCUCUGAGAUGGCUAUUUUAAAACCUGAGUAAAACCAAAACUAUUUGCAUGGAUUGAUACCACUAAAGGGAAGUGAGAUUUAAUUUGGGGUGAACUGACCCAAUAACUCCAUUAUUUACUGUGCUGCACUCACAGGGACAGGUGCAUGUGUUUACACUGCCCUUACUGUAAUAGCUAGAGCCGUGUGUUUGCUUAUAAAUCACUGAUAGAGAAGUGUGUUUUAGGAGUGUGUAAUAUGGAGCUCUCAGUUUCAGGCUGUUUAUACGUCGUAGUCGAUGCUAUGAUGGUGGUCCCGGGGUUUAUGUGUGUGUCUGUGUGUGUGUGUGCUUGUAUAACUCUUUAAUUAGGAUUGGGACAGCUCUUGUCCUCAAUGGAUUCAAAUUCACUGGCAUAUACCUCCUGUACUAGCACCUACUGUACACAGACACAUAAACACUCACACACUUAUACCCAUACAUACGCCACUUGCUAUUGAAAGACAGAACAAGAGCUAGUGGAUGAUAUAAGGCCACAACGACCUUGAGUUUUCCCUUUUUUGCUUCAUAGCCAUUGUAAAUGUGCCUGACCGUGUAUUAAACUAUAUUAUUAUUAUAACGUAAUAAUAAGCCAUUAUAGAUAUAACAGCUCUCAUUUUUGAUGUAUUUUGAUGGUUUGUAUUGCUGUGCCACUGUGUGGCUCGGGAUAGGGGGGUAAAUUAUGUUAGACGUGUGUAUGUUUGUGUGUAAAAUGCGCGGUGGCUUUCAUCAGCAGAAGCGGGUGGAAUCCUCUGGAGGACUGACCUGAAGCUCCGCCAACCUGACAAUCACAAAAUAAUGUGUCAUACACAGUAGAAACCCCUGAUGUUUCACUGCUGUGGUCACACACACACUCUCAAGGAGACCUGUUCAUCCAGACAGUAUUUAAGAGGAACUGGUGAAGGUGUUGGGACGUCUCCGGUUGAUAACUUUCUGGCUCUAUGCAAAGUGUCCUGGUGCUCACACACGCAGCAUCAGGCAAGGAGAGAAGCCAUGCAGGACUUUUACUCUAAAAUUAUACCUCUACUGUGCGAGGUAGAGGAAAAACUUUUACUUUGAUGUACUUUCUCUGUGCAGAGUAGGCUGACGUGUUCAAAUCCUGAUGGUUAUUGUAUUGGCAUGAUUUUCUUUCUUUCUUUCUUUUUUUCUUUUCUUUCCUGUUUAUUCUUUCUCUUGUCCUCUGUUAUUUGUUGCUUUUGUCUGAAGUUUAAAAGUUCAAAUAAAGAUGUUUCAGAAUAUUAA